GCAACGACACGACACUUACUUUCUUCUUCCUUUUUCUUUCGGCAAGCUGUAUCCAGAGAGUGAAUCACUGCACUCCUGUGGCUGUAAUCGAAUUGUGAGAAACUAGAUCGGGUACCUAACAUCGUGGUAUCAGCUAGCCACAUACCACCCUUCCCCGCCGCCGCCUAGAUCGCCGUCCUAGAAACCCGCCGCCAGAAGCAAGCGUGUGAUCACCUCAUCGCCACAAUGGAUCCCGCGCUCAAAGCUUACCUCGACAAGAUGAGCGACGAGGCCACCGCCCGUGCCAACAAGCAAGACGGCAACAACAAUGCCAUCCUCCAGGCCUUGGCGACGCAGACGGCGCGGAUUGACUCCCUCGUCACUUGGAAGCCGGAGUUGGAGGCGCGGUUCGCACAAUUGGAGCUCUCGGUCGCGGCUCUCCAAGCCGCGUCGUCUUCAACUGCACCAUCCACCGGAUCGCCGCCGCUUGCGACCCCUCCCAUGGUUGCGCGCGAGAUCCAAGGGCAAUCAGGCCACGACGCACCACUGCAUCCUGGGGGAUCCUCGUCGGUGACCCCCGAGUCACUGGCGACUUCCCCGGUCACGGGACUGGUGCAAGUAGCAGCAGGUCAAUCUGGGACGGCACAAGCUCAAGCUGCAUAUGGAAGUGCAUUUAACAAUCUCCCUGCUCAAACAACUCAAGCUUAUGGCAUGCCUUACGCAUACACUAAUCCCAUGGCGGGGUAUCAAGAUGUGCAAGCUAGUGGACAUGCUGGCUACCCAGUUGCCAGUUAUGAUCAGAACGCCAUCCCCUACUAUACAGUCUAUCCUGGCUACCCUGCAGGUUAUGAUCAGAAUGGCGUCCCCUACUAUACUGGCUACCCAGCAGGUGAUGAUCAGAAUGCCAUGCACUUCUAUCUUGUCGCCUAUUCUGCAACUGCGGUGGGCGUCCCAGCAACUGAUGCUGCCAACAUGGACGGCAAUGCUGGAUCUCCUGCCGGCGCCGGGCAGGCCGAAUCGACAGGCCACAUCACACUUGCAUCAGAUGCUCCUUCCGUCGCUGCAAUCGGCUCUCCGCUACUGGAGAUGUGA